AUGGAGAGGCAGGGCACUCACAUCUAUUCGCUCAAGUCUGCUCUACGACCCAGCGUUAGCAACCCUGCAAGCUCGAAUCUCGUCCAGUCUUAUACCCCGGCCGACCAUGCCAAUCACACUGGGCGACCCAUUCGACCGAUUUUGGUGACCAGCGCAAGUGCAGGAGUGUCAGGGACACAGACACGUGCCUUGGCAGAGAGCAGCAGUCGCAAUAGUGCCAAUGCUAGCGACAGCAGUGCCUCCUCCUCCAGAGCUUCUCCUGCAUCACUCUUCAAGCCAGUCUCCGAGCGCAAGUAUAAUGUCAACCACUGGGCCAUUGUGUCUCUCAAGAGAUCAUCCACCGGCUUGCACUCUGUACCCUCGACGCCCACCACGCAGUCCCCUCCGCGCUCGCCUCAGGCCGGCAGCUCUUCGAGUCCCUUCCUAAUUGCGACGCUGCUGCACUUACCAACACGAAUACUGUAUGCUUGGCCAAUCGCUCUGCAGGGUGCCUCGAGUGGGCGAUGCAUCGUCACUCAGCCACCGUCUCCGCCUCCGAGCGCCGAUACUUACAACACCGAUGCAGUCCUGUCAGAGAGCAUCAAAGUGCUAGCAGAUGUCAUUCAGGCUUGGAUCAAGACAGGACCUAUGAGGGAAUCGCUGCGAAGAAAGGAGAGUCGGAGGGAAAAGGGGAUGCGCAAGCUGGGAGAAAAUCAGCAAGACGCUAUCUGGCUCAACGAUGGGCUGGGUCUCGCUCAACUCAACGAGACCGAUCGGGCUUUCGCCAUGGAAAGGAUCUGGAUGGGUGAAGGUGAGACAGUGAAGCCUGCUGCGCUGCCUCAAGAUUCGCCGUCAUCGGAACCCCCCAGAAGCCCAGCGGGGCCGGCCAAUUGGCCUUCUCCCGUCGCUUCAGCAACACGGUCACCCGUCACAUCUCCCUCUCUCAACAGCCGCUCAUCUUACGCGCUGCCCCCACCGCAGCCCAGCUUCAUGGCCUCAGCCCAUUCCAAGGGGAAGGAGUCCAUCUCGUCGGGCUACAAUAGCGGAGGCGAAGGUUCAGUGACAACGCCCUCUUCCGUUGGCUCGCCCGUCCGCCCGGCUACACCUCGUAUUGAGAUCUCUGGGCCUGAAGAUACUGCCUUGACACUGGGAGGAGCAGUGCUUGCCCUAUCGUCGAGGGCCGAAAGCCCACCGGAGAAGCGUCGGGUCCUCUACAGCGGUAGCGAGCCAGGCCAACAAGACGCCGUCGAUGAAGUGAGCGACUGGAUGGCUGCCACACCCCUCUCCGACAGUGCUCGUUCUUCGCGCACGUCAUCUUCGGCGGGGCAGACAAGUGGCAACAUCAGCUCGCGUACUGGCUCUGGUCAAACAGAUGCGCCUGUUGGCAAAAGCCAGCGAAAGUCAGUCACCUUCUCACAGCCUCAAAGCAGUUCCGCUGUUGCAAGCCAAGCAGGCUACCGCCCUCCUUUCGCUCCAUAUACCCAACUCACACCCGGAGAGGAGGACGAACCAGAGGAGAUCAUUCUCAGCGAAGGGGAUAGCAAUGCCUGGUCUGGUUCCGGAUCUCAUCGAGACAACCGCACGGCUGCGAAGCAUACUUCUUUGCCUCCAGAUGUCUCUUAUUCGUCGGCCAAUUCGUCCUCGUCCGCACGCAAGAGUACUGGUAGCAGCAGCAGCAGUCUGAGCGGCCAGUCUUCCGGUCAGCAUCAGCGAGGACAGAGUGAGGGUCACAAAGUCAUUCCUGACCAUUCAUCGCAGCAUACAGGCUUCGUGGGCCCGACCAGCAACUUUGGCCGAAACGCUCCUUCUGGACGCAUCAUGUUGACCCCAGCGUCAUCCUCUGUGUCUAGCUUGAGUCCGAGCUUUUCCACCCACUCUCGAGGUGCUUCCAAGCUGAGCCAGGAGAUCCCAAGAAGCGAGCUGCACAUCAACACAGGUGGAGCUGAUGAAGCUUCGCGCAAACAGGGUGGUUCCGGUGGAGGAAAGCUGAGCCCUGUGCAAAGCUUUGCAGACCUGAAGUCGGCUCUCAAAGGUGGCUUCCGUGGGUCGAAGAAGAAGGCACCUGCCUUGACGUGA